AUGUCGUCGUCUUCGGGCGGCGACUCUCGUCCGAGCAAAUCACCUGCCCCGAACAAGAUAAAACCUACGCUGUCUACCAAUCGUUCCUCGGAUUCCAACUACACUCUCGUCAAGUCUAAAAAAAAUGUACGUAAGUCGAAUUCUAAUUUACUUACACCCACGUCUCCCGACUUUCAACAUAUUAUGGAUAACAUCACUCCGGUUCUAAAUACAUCGCCUUCGACCUUCAAUUAUAUGGACUCUGCACCCAUUGACAACAAUCUGUCGAUAGACCCGGUCACUAAUGACGGUUUAUCUAUCGAUAAUGCUAAUGACCCUACAUCGUUAUCAGUACCUGAAAUAAAUUCUACACCUGCAACCGCUUCUAUACACUCCACUGUUAUUUCCAAUGAUAUAACUAUGUUGUCUCAAUGCUCACAACAGACCUUCCCUUCCGAUUAUAUUGGCCCCGUCAUGAUACUAGUUGAAUGCAUUGAUCUAAAUAAAAACUUGGGGAAUUGGCAUCCAAUAAAGGCAGCAAAAUUUUUUUCUACUAAUUUCACCGGUAUAACCAAUAUCAAGCCCGCUAGCUCAAAAAAAAUUAAAAUUAGUUUUGAUUCGAUUUUGAACGGUAAUCUUUGUUUGACCUCCGAGACUUUAAACGAACAUGGUUUUACUGCAAUUAUCCCAUCGAACCUUAUCUACUCUUUUGGUAUAAUAAAACUAGAUCCAGACGUCUCCGAGGACGAUUUUCAGGAUGGAGUUCAAUCAAGUUCUCCAAUUGUAAGCUUCAAACGUAUUUCUAUUAAAAAAGAUGGUAAUAUCGUAGCUACACGCAUCGUUGAACUUAAAUUUUUGUCUCCUAAACUACCUCAACACAUCUCGAUCUACAAUAUGAUUUUUGAUGUAAACCCCAGCAUCCGUUCUCCGGUACAAUGUAAUCGUUGUCUUCGUUAUGGACACACGCAAAAAUUCUGUCGCAGUGAUCCAAGAUGCAGUCACUGUGGUGGCUCCAAACAUUCUAUCACAGAAUACCCGACCGUCCACGCCACGGACCCCUUAUGCCUCUUCUGCAAACUUCCUCAUGUUGCCACUGAUCGUAGCUGCCAGGAAUGGUCUGUUCAAAAGGACAUCAAGAGAAUCAUGGCUAUAGAGAAUCUCUCUUACAAAGACGCCUUAGAUUUUAAGAAAAAUAAAUAUUGUACGUCUGCUUUUAAAUACUCUGAUAUUGUAAAUAGCCAGCUUCCAAAUUCUAAUAAUAUAUAUACUGAUAUCCCUCUUAAUGAGGAGAACUUUCCAAUUUUAAAUGAAAGUCAUCAUUUUUUUAAUUCUAAAAAAAACAAAAGAAAACCCCUUAAUAUGUCAAAUAAUAAUAGAGUUGUCCUACCCGUUGCUUCAUCUUAUUCUCCUCCUAAUGGCAGUUAUUUAAAUAAUAUCUCUAACCAACACAACCCGAUAGUGAAUAAUCUAAACGAUCUUUCUUGGGUACAUACACUAUCCAUAAAAUUAUCCGAAACUUUAAUCAACUCCCCCUCCUUAUCCUCUCCUUUCUCCUCCUCUUCCCUUCAAUCACUAAUUGAGUCUUCUCUAACUUCCUUACUAGCUAUACCUAAUGUUAAACAUUUAUCCUAA